AUGAAGCUAAUUAAGCAGAAAAUCGUGUUAUUUUCUUAUAAAAAUCGUCUAGGCUCUUUAAAUUUCAUAAUGGUGAAAACCAUAUUCCCUAUCAACCCAGAGAAUGAGUCUGAUGUUUUUGUUGACCCAGAUGAGCACUUCAAUUCUUUGCCUUACUCCUCAGAAAUCCCUGACCCCGUCCCUGACGCCUUUUCUCUCAGCCCUCAUCGAUUUCCCUUUGCUAAAUACAGGACUGCCAGAGAAAAAGCAACAAUUGUUGGGAUGAUGGGAUUUAUAAUAGGAUUUUUAUGGUCAAGAAAGCACUCUUAUUUUGCUUAUGGAAACACUGCUACAAGAACCAGAACUUUGAUAUACCAAACUUUCUGGGGACUUUUACUAGGAUCAGCAGGGAUAAUUGUAUUGGCUUAUAAUGAUAUAGCUUUUAGUCCAUAUGUUGGCGGUAGAAGAAGGGCUAUGUUUCGAGAAGAGGCAUUGAGGCAUGCUUUGGACGCAAAGUUUAAGCUUUAUGAAAAUUUAGACAAAAUUAUGCAUUCAAGAAAAAAGAUCCUCAAGCAAGAAUUUUAUGAAUCUUUUGCACCUUUGAUUGAGCAGAAUCAGAUAUUAAAUCAAAAAAUAGCGGAAGAGAUGUAUAAGGAGAAAAAGUUAGCUUAUUAUAUUAAUCAAAAAUAG